AUGACAAGGUGGUUAGCGAUGGUCGCUUUGCUGAUGGUCGUGGGUGCUGUGAGGGGGUACAACUGUGUCUGCAAUCCGAGAGAAUGCGAGGUGUUGGGUCCGAGUGGCUGUCCCGGGCUGGGAAUGGUUGUGUGGGAUCCGUGCAGGUGCUGCCAAGUAUGCGCAAGGACGGUGGGUGAGCACUGUGGCGGUUUCAAAGGAACGUGUGAGCCAGGUCUUAGGUGUAAAGGCGGCUUGUGUGUGAAGAUAGACAGAGACGAAGACGACGUAUAG